AUCGUCUAGGAACGAGCGUGAUGUGUUACUGGUCCCGUGCUGUGAUGUAUGUGUGCCUCUCUCCAGAGCAGAGGCAGAGGCCGCUCCCUCCCGCCGCGUCGCAACACAAUAACAACAACCAACCGAUGGACCCACAGAGACCCAAUCAAUAUCUCUCCUCUCGCUUCCUCCGCCGAAAGCUAGCAGCAGCAGUAGUAUAGGGCACACCCUGCUCCCGUCCCGCUCUCGCUGUGUGGUGUGUGCAACACACGCUGGUUGGUGGGACUCCCUCUCUCUCCAGAGAAGAAAAGGCGAACAAAAGGCCGGCAGCGUUGAACAACAACAAACAACGGAGACAACAGCAACAACAUCAUCAGCGAUGAAUGAACCCCAGACCAACCAAACGUUCCCCGCUUCCUCCGCCGUCGCCAACAGCAGUAUGUGUGUGUGUCCCGCCCCCCUUGUCCAUGUUCCCUGUCUCUGUGUAGUGCGUGUCUUGCCAGUAGCAGCAGCAAUGUGUGCAGCACGGCAGUGCGUCGUGGUUUCUUGCGUGCGUGUAGCUUGUUGCCCAGAGAAAAACAAAAAUGACGACGCCUCCCGGGGAUGCGUCCAUGUGACAUAUAUAUUUGCACAAACGGUGUGCUAUCUCGAGACACCGACCACGGAUUGCAAAGGUAGCGGUUGGGACAGCUCGGGCAAAACUUGUUGUUGUGCGCAAGUUUUAGUUUGCAAUUUGGUGCCGAGAUGGUGAAAUGGGCUCGAGUCUGCUGGGUAUUUAGGGCGCGCAGACAGACAGACAGACACCAGACAGACAGCCAUGGAGUAAUUUUCACGCCCCUGGGCAUGAAAAUUAUUCUUUUUCUCGUGCGCACAGACUCCACACACGAUCCCUCUAAACAGCUUUUUUCUUGCGAAACAAAACAAAAAGCGUACCCCUAAACGGGCCACACUUUUUCGAAAAAAUAACUAUUAUUAUCAUUAUUACCAUUCCUCAAAGCUAGACGACAACGGAAUGCCACACAAUCCUCAGCAUCUAAUCGUGCCAUGAGCUUCAUCAUGGCUCAACCUACGCGAUUAGUUACGGAGAUGAGCAUGGUAUACCGGACAGGCAACGUCGAGUUUUGUGGACUGCGUUCGCAUGCCGAUCAAACACACAAGAUAUAUGUCCUUUGUGUUGCCUUGGGCCUCUGUGCUGUGUUUCUGUGUUUCUUUUUUUCAUGACCUCCCUACCUACUCUGCUGUGUUGGGUGCCGUGAUCUUGCUUUGCUGUUGCCUUUGUUCUUGUACGUCUGGCUGUCUGCCCAUCUGCCGCCUCAUUGUCCUGUCUGCUCCGUUACUCCCAUGCCCUGGUGCGUAGUGCCUAAUGCUGGUACGUUACCGUUUGAUUUUUUCUUUGGGCGGGUGUUGGAAGCGCCCUCCUGUAUUUUUUAUUUGUUGUUUAAUUUUGAUCGGUUUCCGAGGGCUCUUUUAUCGAACGGUCGAUGCGAUACCUGUUCUUUUCUUUCUAUCAUAUUGUUU